UGUCGCUUCUCGCUGGUUAAGAUGGCGGCGGCCUGGGCUGCGGCGGAGGCGCGGAGCCAGAGCCCGUGAAUCGGUGAUUCGGGAGCCGCCGCCCCCCCGGCCUUGAGGUGACAGGGCGCCGCCUGGGAGAAGCCGGGGCCCGGGAGACGAGGCCGCACGUUCGGAGGACACAGAGGGCGCGGGAGGGAUGUGACCGGGCCCCCGCCGGCGGUCCAUCCCGGGGGCGGAUCACCAGACACCGGGGAUGGGCCAGCAGGUAGGCCGCGUGGGGGGAGACGGACCCACCGCUCCGCCACCGCCCAGGGGGAACAGGAACACCGGGACCAAAGCCAGCAUCCACCCCGGAGCCGGGGGAGCGGGGGCCGGCAGCCGCAGGAGGGAGACCACCGGCAAGAAUAACCCCGAGACCGGGUUCAACAUCUUCACCCAGCACGGUGAGUGACAUAUAUAUACCGCCAUAGCGAGAGAACCGAGAGCUAUACACCGGGCACAGGGCAGGGUGAUAAUACACCGGGCACAGGGCAGGGCGAUAAUACACCGGGGGCAGGGUGAUAAUACACCGGGGGCAGGGUGAUAAUACACCGGGGGCAGGGUGAUAAUACACCGGGCGCAGGGCAGGGUGAUAAUACACCGGGCGCAGGGCAGGGUGAUAAUGCACAGGGUGAUAAUACAACGGGCACAGGGUGAUAAUAGACCGGGCGCAAGGCAGGGUGAUAAUAGACCGGGCGCAGGGCAGGGUGAUAGUAGACCGGGCGCAGGGCAGGGUGAUAAUAGACCGGGCGCAGGGCAGGGUGAUAAUAGACCGGGCGCAGGGCAGGGUGAUAAUACACCGGGCACAGGGCAGGGUGAUAAUACACCGGGCGCAGGGCAGGGUGAUAAUAGACCGGGCGCAGGGCAGGGUGAUAGUAGACCGGGCGCAGGGCAGGGUGAUAGUAGACCGGGCGCAGGGCAGGGUGAUAGUAGACCGGACGCAGGGCAGGGUGAUAGUAGACCGGACGCAGGGCAGGGUGAUAGUAGACCGGACGCAGAGCAGGGUGAUAGUAGACCGGACGCAGGGCAGGGCGAUAGUAGACCGGACGCAGGGCAGGGUGAUUGUACACCGGGCGCAGGGCAGGGUGAUUAUACACCGGGGCAGGGUGACUAUACACUAUACAAUACUUUGUAAUAUACAUAUAGCCCUACACAGGGCAGGGUGAUCAUAUACUGUACAAUAUACAUCUGCUGUAAACAGGGCAGUGAUAAUAUGCUGUACAAUAUACAUAUAGCUCUACACAGGGCAGUGUGAUAUACUGUACAGUAUACAUAUAGCUCUACACAGAGCAGUGUAAUAAUACACUAUACAGGCUACCUAUGGCAAUACACAGGGCAGUGUGAUAAUUAUACUGUACAAUAUAUAGCUCUACAGGGCAGUGUGAUAAUACACUACAGAGGUUUCCUAUGGCUCUACACAUUGUAGUGUGUUAACAUACUGUACAAUAUACAUAUAGCCUUACACAGGACAGUGUGUUACCAUAAUGUACUAUAUACAUAUAACCUUAGAUAGGGAAGUGUUAAGUCCUAUGGCACAUACAGCUCUACACAAAUCAGUGUGUUAACUUUCUGUACAAUAUACAUAUAGCCAUACACAGGGCGCAGUGUUACUAUACUGUGCAAGACAGAUAUAGCUCUUUGUAGUGCAAUAUGUAAACCUUAUGUACUGGUCACAUAUAGGUAAUAGAUUAUUACUAUAGAGGGCAGGGCAUAUACAGCUUUAAAUAGGGCGGAGUAUUAACUUACUGUGCAAGACAUAUAUAGCCUUACAUAGGGCAAUGUAGUGAUACUCAAUGCAGCGGAUAUUUAGCUCAACAUUGGACAGUGUGUUUUCAUAUAGUCCAAUGCACUUAUAGACCUUAAUAGGCAGUCUGUUAAUACAUGCCGGGCACAUAGAUCCUUACUGAGGAUGGCAUAUUCUCAUGCUAUAUAGCAGGGGUCCCCAAUCCCAGGGCUGUGGACUGGCGUCAGUCCGCAAGAAUUUAUUGCCGGUCAAUGAAAAAGCUUUCACGUGACGCCGCAAGAUAUUUCCCCGAUUUCUUAUGAUCAUAGCACCGGGAAAUGUGCCUCCCUGUCCCCUGCCGGCUCUACAGGACCGGAUGGGAGAUCAGAGAUCUCCCUCUCCGGCCCGCUCUCAGUGUCACGCUGGCAUUGGAGGGAGGGAGAGAGGACCCGGGGGAGUGCUAACCUGCAGCUCCGUCUACUUCUCCUCUCGCGAGCUUGGAGCAUUCUCGCGGUUACCACGGCAACGCUCCGAAUUUCGUGCGAGUGAAAUCUAGCAGCUCCUGAUGAAGCUAGAGUUCACUCUCACCACUGGGACCACCAGGGAUUGCAGAUAGGGGGGAUGUCAAAAAUAAAAUAAAAAAAAUUAAUAUAUAUAUAUAUAUAUAUAUAUAUAUAUAUAUAUUUUUUUUUUAAAUAAAAAUAUAUAUUUAUUAAUCUACUCCCCAACCCCACAGACCCACAACCAUUCUCCCCUAUACACACACACACACACACAAACUGCAUCCCUAACACAUACCAUUGGGUUUUAUUUCUGGCUGAUGCCGGUCCACAAAAUAUUUCUCCUCUUUUCGCCGGUCUCCGGGUGCUAAAAGGUUGCAAAACACUGCUAUAGAGGACACAUAAAGUCCUGUACAGUGCACUAUACAAAUUUAGUAUCAAGAACAUAUAUAACUAUAUAUUGGGCACUCUUAAUAUACAAUAGAUGGCACACAUAGUCCUGCAUCGGACUCUUGAUAUUGAUGGCUCAUAUAGCCUGACAUAGGGCAUACUGUUAAUACAUUAAAUAGAGCACUAUCCUAGAUUGUGUAAGAUAAUGCAUUAAUAAUUCUACAUAGAGCUUUCUAAUACUUUUAUUCUGUUCCAUUGGAGAUGCUGACAAAACCUAUAGACUUGGUAUGCAUUUUUGACUGGGUGGGAAACUGCUGCUCUGCAGUAAUAUCAUUGGCUCUGUGGUGUUAGAGAAACUGAGCAUCACUGGGAUGUUGACUUUUAUAAUGCCAAAGGUUAACCAUCAUUAUUGCUGAUCAUCAUGGGAAAUUAAUUUCCUCAGUAGUUGAAAUGUAGUUAUUUGAGGUGAUUAUCAUGGGAAAUGUACCAGAAGUUAUCAUUCAUUUUAUUAUUGUAGGGAUAAAGGGCCAAUUUGUGGCUUCACAGCCGGUGUAGAAUUGCAACCCCUGUAAUGUUUUGACAGCUCUUAGUUGAACUUUUACACACUAGCUUUGGGGUGGUAACUUUUUGGGACACCCCUUUACUUGUUUUACCUUAAAGAUGCCUUGGACAGGAAAAAAUAUUUAAGUGAAUCCUGAGGGUUGGAUUAUUACUACACCUUUUAAUGCAUCAAAACGGCAUAUGAACCAUAUCAAACCGAUACUUGUACACAUGUACUUGUCUCCAACUCUCUACUUUUCCUUUCUACCUAUCUCUUGAAGGCAAGCACCCUAGACCUGCAAGUUGGCAGGAGAGGAAAGUCAAAUAAAAACACGCCAACAUUCUGCAGAACGCAGAAGGGAGCGGGUACGCAGUUGCAUACCCCAAGAAGCGGGGGGACUGGCACUCUACUCCCUAAGCCUAACCCUUCACAUCAAAGCUUUUGUAUAUAGUUAAUAUUGCUUGCCACCUACACCAAAAUUCCAGACGAAGACACCCACAGAAAACUCGAUGUAUAUAACAUGCCUAAACUGACAACUGUCAUUUGCAUUCUGUUAACCAUUGUAUGACACUGCGCUGUCACGUACAUAAAUGUAACCGCUUCCAUGUUUACCAUCUACUUCGUCAAACCAAAAAUAAAGAAUUAAAAAAAAAAAAAAAAGGCAUAUAUUAAUAUAUGUUAAAGAAAAUUCACCAAAGGUGAUGUCCCUUCCCCAAGUUCUCGUUUUAGUCCUGUGAGGUCCACUUUAUGCACUAAGUGACUAACAUACUGAGAAAAGUACUGCAAAUGUACAUAUCUUCCUUAAAAUUAUUAUGGGCACUGGCUGCAUGCUCAGUAGUGAGUUUACAUCUGUUAACGGACUUCAUCCUCUUUGCUAAAACAAAGGUAGUGUCAAAAAGACAUGGAGGAAAGGUACAUUUUUACUGAUCAGAGAACAAGUGUUGUUCUAUAUACAGAACAAACCAUUUUCUUUGUUUUCACUGUGUAACACAAGUAGGCAGAGAUGCCUGAAAUGUACAAAUAGGUUGUGGUGGUGACAGUUACAUAGCUGAUAAACGGCGUGCCCAUCAAGUUCAGCUUUUCUCACAUUUGUUUUUGCUGUUGAUCUAAAGAACAAAAUCGAGUCUGAAGCACUUCCAACUUUGCAACAAACUAGGGAAAAAAAUACUUCUUGACCAGAGAAUGACAGUCAGAUAUCUCCUUGGAUCAAGAUACUAUUAUCCCACUAAUUAAAAAUUAUAUCCUUGAAUAUUAUGUUUUUACUAGUAUUUAGCCAAUUUGCUGUUUAAACAUCUCUAUAGACUCUGAUAAAACCACCUCUUCAGGCAGAAAAUUCUACAUCUUUUAUUGUUCUUUCUGUUAAAAAAAACAAAAACCCUUUCCUUUGCCUUAGACUAAAUCUCCGGUCUAAAUGUGUGUCCUUGUGUCUUAUGUAUAGUCCUGUUUAUGAAUAGAUUUCCAGACAAUGGUUUGUAUUGGCCCAGAUUAUAAUUUUUAUAAUGCUACUAUAUCCCCUCUGAGGCACUAUUUUUCCAAACCGAGGAGAUUUAAAAUGUGUUAAUCUUUCUUCGUGGCUAAAAUGCUCUUUUCCUUUUUUAUUAAUUUUCUAUCCAUCAUUAGAACAAGUGCCAACAAUGGCACAUCAUAUCCAGAUGUGUGAGGGCAGCUACGUGUUAUAGUUACAUGGUGUGUACUGACUUUUUAAAAAUCUUUACAGACCGACUGUGUAGGAAAGCAUAUAGAAGUUUUCUUUCUAUAGCUUGCCUCUGAUAGAUCGGAUUGGGUAUCUAAUGCUGUAAUCUAGAACUAAGCUUUUGAUAUUUUAUUAUUUGCAAAGUGUAACAGAGAAAUGUCUGGCAGGCAGAGUGCUAUAUUCAAUGGAUUAAUAAUUAACUGCCUCUGGCAUCUCUAGUGCAUUUAAUAUAGGGGGCUGAGUAAUGCAGGACACUUAGGAGGUAUGUUAACUGGAGUCUGGCAUUUUGUUUCAUAUAUGGUGUACAGGCUUCUUCUUUUUUUUAUUUUUUUAUAUUGACAUCUGUCAGUGGUAACCCACAGAAUAAUGAAGGGCCAGCAUAGAUGCAGUACCUAAUGGUUUGCUAUGUGCCCACCUAAAUAUCUCAUAAAAAAAAAAAGUUAAAGGAAAAGCGCACACAAAUAUAAACACUGUUUUAAAUUUUUACAACGCUGCUUAAAAUCACCUAUCUUAGCAAACAAAUAUGGGUAUUCUGUUACAGCAUAUGGCCAUAUUGUGUUAAGCCCACCACUGUCACAGUACCCCAAUAUCGGUGGGUUUUACACUAAUUUCAACAUGGAAGAUUUACAUGCUAACUAGCAAUACUUGCUUGCAGUUUAAACUGCUUACAGAGAUUUCUCAGUUUAUGCUUUUCUGUAGUCACCCCCUAAGGGGCACCAUAAAUAUCUCCACAUGGACUUUGAGUCCCUCUUGGGCAUAGAUAUUUGUGUGUCUGUGUUUGUUGCAUGUAUGUAUAUAUCAGUUUAGAAUACAAAAUGUAUGGGGUUUUUUUGUUGUUGUUUUUUUUUUAUUCCAUUCAACAAACAGGCAUGUCAACGUUUCCUAAUAAAAGAUAAAAAGCAAAGAGAAACCAGUCUACUUGCUUUUAACCAGGAGUUGAUACCAACACACAGAGUAUUGUGUGUGUGUGUAAAAGAAUAUAGAUGAAUUAGCUAGUAGCAUACAUAGUAUCAAAGCACCAUGGAUAAAUAAAACCAGACCUUAGUCACAGCUGAGUAAAUGUAUCUCACUAGAUACAGUUUAUAUUUAACAGUGCAUAAAAAAAAUAGUCCACAGUAUCAGUUUAGGUAGAAAGUAAAAAAUUAUAGUUCAGAGAUCAGCCCAAAAGUGUCUAUUCACUGUUAGCUCAUAUAUAUGGUAACUGGCUUGUAUACCCUCUAUGGAGACAGCAGGGGAACUGGCCAAUUGGAGCUAUAUAUAUUCUAGUAACAGACUAGUAUAUUGAUCAAAUACUAGUGUGAUACAUAGAAAAUAGUAUUAUAUAGGUAGAUGUGUGAGAAAGACAGUUCUACACCUAUUGUCAUUGAAAAUCCUGAAAAAAAAGUUAUCUUCUGGUGUCAAUCAUUGAACUGUACCAUACAUAGUUCAGAUGCAUCAGAUUCUUCUUGUAAAAGACUUUAUUAAGCUUAAAAAAUGCGUGUAUAAAAUAUGAAAAAAUAAACAAUCCCUCACAGAUGGCAUAAAGAAAGGGGGAACCUUCCUCCCAGCAGUCUGUAUACUCUAGAAAUGCUGUCUCAUCAGAGCCGGCUUCAGAGUCCUUGUUGGUAACUGCUCGUCGGGGAGAUCCACUGCGUGCGUUCCACUUUGCUUCGGUAUGCGUUCCACUGUGAGUGUGGGGAUGUCCUGUCACUUAAUCGGAGGAACAUGUCAACGUUUCCUACCUUCUUCGGUCCUUUAUGAAGAAUAUAUAUACAUAUUAUUUAUACCAGGGCUUGACAAAUUUACUUGGGAUCUAGGAGUUUUUUUAUUUUUUUAUUUUUUUUAAACAAAGCAAGCUUUUUCAAUGACAAAUCUUAAAUGGACACUAAAGUCACCAGAACCACUACAGCUUAAUGUAGUGGUUCUUUGUCUAUAUCCUGUGCUUUUUCAAAGAAAAGACAAUGUUUGCAUUGCUGCCUAGUAACACCUCUAGUGAAAGUCACACGGUCACUAGAGGUGCUUCCUAGUCCAGUGUGCAUAGAAUGCAGCACUUACGUUCAGCGUCUCCACAAUUUACAUGGGGCCACUGCAUGUCCCCUAGAAACGCAUUGAUUCAAUGCAUCCUCUGUGAGGAGAUGCUGAUUGGUGCAGUGUUUUGCUGUACAUGCGCUAUAGUCUCCCUGUGCUUUCCUAUGAGAUAGCAUUGGAUAUUCUGAGAUCUUUAAAACUGAUUGAUUAUCUCAGCCAUUGAGGCAGGGCGAGCUGCGUCAAGACCAGCACAGUGUGUGGGGAAAAAAAGGUGAGUAAAAACACAUAUCUCAUGCAAUUGAAGGGGGGCUGGUCGCACACACAUUUUCCCAUACACCCACAAAUUAUUUUAUUGCAAUUAAAGUCCGUCCAGUGUGGCUGCUGUAAUCUUCAAGCUCUUGCUCUGCUCCCUCGCGUGCGAUUUGGUGAUGCUGGGUCUGGAGUGACGUCAUAUUCUGACUCCAGAUGUCACUGCAGGGCGCAGUAGGUUAAAUAAUCUGCAUUAUGCUGCUUUAAUAUAUAACUGAGAGGUUGAUGCCUCUUUAAUAUGUUUACUGAGACCUUUGUGUCACUUGGCACUCAUUAGCCAAUGAAUUCCAUCCAGUGGCAGGCAGAACUUGUAUUGCUAAUGCUGAAGUAUUAGCUAUAUAUGUGAAGAGGGGCUGCACUGCAGGCACCCAGGGGACCUUGGUAAGUGUCAGACUGUUUAAAAUGGUUUGGCUCUUAACAGUAUAAUGGUGCCAGGGAUUUCCUGGCAGCAUAACCACACUAGCAGGUUGUAAUGUUUAUGGUGGUUACACUGUUCCUUUAGCUGAGUUGAUGUUCCAUCAUUUAAACUUGUGACGUUAAACAAAGUUGUGGGUAAGUUGCCAACUGAAUUCCAAAAAUGAACAUCAAAAUAAGAAAUGGAAAUAACAUACUUGCUUCUUGACUUAUCUAAUUUCACUUUCAAUCAAUCAUCACUUGAUUAAAGUUUAUCUAGCCUUACGUCAAGCGGAAUUCUGUAACUUUAGUUUUCUUAGUUGAAAAAUGUGAGUGCAAUGCCCUGCCUCCAGCCUUAUAUUGCUUAUAUGAGCAUCAACACAUGUAAAGCCUCACAGUCCUUUGACUGCUAAGUGUAAUUUUUCAAUUUUUUACACACUACUUAAAGGACCACUAUAGGCACCCAGACCACUUCAGCUCAAUGAAGUGGUCUGGGUGCCAGGUCCAUCUAGGAUUAACCCUGCCUGCUGUAAACAUAGCAGUUUCAGAGAAACUGCUAUGUUUACAAAUGGGUUAAUCCAGCCUCUAGUGGCUGUUUCAUUGACAGCCGCUAGAGGCACUUCCGCGCUUCUCACUGAUUUUCACAGUGAGAAGACGCCAGCGUCCAUAGGAAAGCAUUGAUAAUGCUUUCCUAUGAACUGGCUGAAUGCACGCGCGUUUCUUGCCGCGCAUGCGCAUUCAGCUGAUGACGACCGAAGGAGGAGGAGAGUCCCCAGCGCCGAGGGAGCCCGGCGCUGGAGAAAGGUGAUUGUUUUAUCCCCCUUCAGCCCGGUGGGAGUGGGACCCUGAGGGUGGGGGCACCCUCAGGGCACUAUAGUGCCAGGAAAUUAGUUUGUUUUCCUGGCACUAUAGUGGUCCUUUAAAUAUUGGCAUUUUAAAUCUCUACAAAUCAGUGUAGUAUCCUUUGUUCUGGUGAACUUGAAACAUAACAAAAUUGUAUGUUAACCUGCAAAAAUCGGGUGAAUUUGUUUUGCAAAUUUGACUUCUACUGGAGUGAAACCGGUUAAAAUAAUUUGUCUGAUUAAUAUUCACAAGAGUCACUUGUGAAAACCAUUGAUUUAUAAAGCAGGCAUUAGAUGCUACCAAGUACGAGAUCGUGAUUCAAUUGAAAUAAUCAAAUUUCAAAGGAUUGGCAUUUAGUAAAUGAGAAUUACAAGUUUGAUUAUUUGCUAGAUUAGCACUGUUAAAUUGUAAUAUGUAAAAAGCACUUUAAUCACCACAGAGUGCUUUUAAUUUAUGAACAUUGCAAAUAGUUUGGGGGGGCGGAGCCUGGAGCUGAACCGGACCGGACGCCAUCUCUCCCAGCUCCGUCGAUCGCACACACACAAUCUAGGCAAUAUCCUGGAGACUAGCCGCCAUCCGACGGUGUAAGCAUCAGCUACAGCCUGGGGACACCACACCGAAUCCCCAGAUGCCCUUCCAGUACUCCCCGAAGCAUCUAAAAGGAAGACGCAGGACCGGGGCCUACCACACACCCGCCAACCGCGACCUCGAGUUUCUCUGGGGCGGGGACCCCGCGGGAAACACAGCAGAGUGGUGGCCGACCCUUACAUCACCUGCUAACACAGCAAUGGGGCGUAGAAAUCAGAAGAGUACCCCCAGUAACGCUCCAGAACAGAGGGACAUAGGAGCUAUGCUCCAACGGCACACCUCCGCCAAGAUGGCGGCCGCGGAAGGCCCGACCUCACCAGAGGCUCCCCACACAGAGGCAUCUGCAACACUUCAGCUGCAGAACACAACAGAGAGCUCACAGCAACAGCCCACAGCAUCAGCAGGUAACUCUGAACCUGCAACCAAACAGGACCUCCAAACCCUGUACACUAUGCUGCAGGACAUUCAAAACCUCCUCACUGCGGACCUGCCUAUCCUAAAAUCAUCCCUACAUCAACUAACAGGCAGAAUGGAGGCAACUGAAGCAAAUAUUAAGGAGCUAAGCCAAGAAACCUCCACCAUGCAGGCAUCUAUACUCCAACUACAAGCAGCCCAACAGGCCCUUACACUACAGGUGGCAGCGCAGGAGGACAGGUACCGCCGCAACCACGUAAAAAUAAGGGGCAUCCCGGCCACGGUCCCCCAAGAGGAACUGCCACACUACGUCAGAAGGCUGCUGGCUUCAGUACUGCCACCUGCUACUGCUAAAAAAAUAACCAUCGCUGGGCUAUAUCGAAUACCAACGUCUACCUCAACUACCGCCAAAAUGCCCGGCGACGUCAUACUCCGCUGCGCACUACCUCAAGACAAGGGGCAAAUAAUGGCAGCGGUAAGAAACAAGACUCCACUGCCCUUUGAAGAUUCGCAACUGUCCUCUUACCAGGACUUAUCCAAGGCCACACUACAAUGGCGAAAAUCCCUGAACCCUGUCACCACCCGACUGCGGGCAGAAGGAGUGCCCUACAGGUGGGGAACACCACGAUCCCUCCUUGUCUCAUACAAGGGGUCCACGCAACGGCUAACUAUGGGGACUGAUAUCCCAGCAUUCCUUGCAGCUCUAGACAUGCAAGAGGCAAUGGUAGCACCAACGGACUCAAAUCGCGCUCACGGAUGGGACCCAUCCAGAGUGGUACCAUUUGUGCCAAGAACUGUAGCCGACUGCCCACCUGAUUCCUGACUGGCAGGGACAUUUCCAGCCCGGUCCAAACCUAACGGAGGGACUCACUGAUCCGGCAGCCCUAGGCUGCAAAGUUGCAGAGAUGUAAAGUUCUGCUUGUUCUUGUGUUACCUUUUUUUUUAUGCCGUAUGUCUAUGUCCCUUGCGGUAGAAUCCCCAUUAAAGGACACAAUUUUCAGCCUGGGCCCACUGGGCAUAGAGACACCAGGCUCACUACACCCAAACACUCACGAAGCUGCUCCAUCUAUGGCCAUAGUCCGGUUACAUCUAGCCACACAUGACCAAUCAUUGAAGCGCACACACCCCCCCACCCCGCUACCCCCUUGGUUAGGGGCUAUGCCCCUCUCGAGAGGUCAACCAUGCACAAAUCAUCCCCCCCACCCCACCCUGGGGAGGAGGGCAAAGCUUACACCACCGACACUCAAGUGCAGAUAUCGCUUGAUUUAACUAAGUUAGACAUGUUAUUAAACCUCUUGUGAUCAAAACCCAUGCUAAUGUAACAUGUUUUUGCUACCAUCCUGUUCUGAGCGACAUUAUUUUAACAUUAUAAAAUGUGCUGAUAAGUUCAUUGUUCCAAUUGUUAAGUCUGAAAAAUAUGCUCGGGGAAUGCUAUUGGAGCACCAUGAGCUUGCUUGUUAUCAACUCAAAGCACGAUAAAAAUAAAGAAUAAAAAAAAAAAAGAAAAAAACAUUGCAAAUAGUUUGACUCUUAUUGUGUCACUUGCUGUACUAGGCAUCUGCAGUCCAUCUGGUCUGAGCUGCUAUGAUUAAGCAAAGGUUCAUACCUUUGUAAUAUCAGGUUUAGGCAGUAUAAGUGUCAGUUGAUGGCUUUCAUCCAAUGAAUACUGGCUAAAUCUGGUAUGAGUUCGGAUGAUGUGGUAUGAGUUGGUAAGAUAAUGUCGAGUUAGAAACAUGUAAUAUGUACUUCCACUUUUAUCAGAUCAACUCAGAUAGGAAAGACCAUUGGUAUCUUACACAGUAAGGCAAGCAUGUCAAACUCAAAGGCUAAAUACACGAGGUUUAAGUUUGUGAACCACACAAAAAAAAACAUUUUUUUCGACCGAUAUUUUUGGCCAAUAUUCCAAAUUUCUUUUUUGUUUGUAAGUAUCGGCCAAUAAUCACCGGUAAUACUGAUAACGAGGUGGGCUUGCGCGUCCAUAAGGCGGCACAAACGGCUUUCUUAGGGCGCACAGGCGGGGGGGAGCUAGAAUAGAGUAACCGGCAGGAGGUGGGCGCACAGCAGCUUAGUGAUACCGGGCCGAAAUAUAACCUCAUAUCUAGGCCCCGGUCUCAUUAAGUGGCGUGCGGGGGAGCAGAGCAGAAACAUCACAGCUCCCUCACCGCCCUUCUAUUUGCGUAGCUAGCUGCCCAACUCCACGACCACCCAGCAAGCAGUCUUCCUAGAAAAUCCCUUAACUUGCCGCUGGCCACCCACCCGGCUUGGAGUUAAGGGGCUUGCAUAUCCCAUAUUGUCGUGCCCUGCUUUACUCCCCUUGUGUAUCUAGUGUCCUGCGUCUAUAUCCCCACUUGCGCCGUCCGCAGCAUGUAACAAAGCCGAAACUCCUCGAAGGCAGACCUGGUAGACUUCACAUCAGGACGUGACGGUGCAUGCCUCCGUCCGCCUCCUUCGCUCCCCCUGCUUCAAUUAAUCUCCGCCUGCCACCCACCUCCAGGUGACCGGAGCAAUGAAUAUCUUUGCCGGGCCGCAAAGAUAUUCAUUGUGGGACGCAAGUUUGACAUCCAUGCAGUAAGGUAAGUGUAAAGGCAUUCAUUACCAGUUUGGUUACUUCUUUUCUGAUCCUCAUCCUUUUCUAGUUUCAGUUCAUCUGAUAAAAUUGAAAAAUAGUAUGCUGUAGUGAUUAUGGUACUUGUUGUAGCUUUAAUUCUGCUCCAUACGCCUUUCUAAUACACAGCAUGGCAAUAUGUUAAACAUUUAUUUGAAAUGCAGCGGGUUAAAACCUCAAGGGUCUUUUCUUAUGGACCGUUUUCUUUUCAUUUGAAGUUUUUAUCUAGUUUCAUUGUGACAAGGAUUUACAAAUCCCAGGGCUCUGAGAAAUGUUUCUGCCAGUGUCUGUCUUGUCAACCUUAUGCUGUUAAAUACUUUGUUAUUCACUAGUGAUAUUUUAAAAUAAUCAGAUGCACCCGUAAUGCUGUUUUGAGCAACAAAUACCCAGGUGGGUGUCUGGUUUUAUGACCGUUCCUAAGCUGGAGAUGAAAGCUUGGGAUAAUUGUACUAGUAAAAUACAAACAGUUAUUGUUCAAACACAGACAUCAUACAGUGAGUGUCUUGUGGUUCAGAAAUGUUUCAUCAGGACAACUCAUUGAUGUAGUCUGGCCACAGGGCUACACUAGUUAUGACUUCUUUCAUUUGUGUUUUUGAUGCAUUUAUUACAUUGGAGCAUCAGCUUGAUGUUUACAGAAGUAAAAAAAUAAUAAUAAUCUCUAUAGGUCUCCUGGCACAACCACUGCAAUGGGAUAUCAUUAUGGCAGUGCAGGUUUUUCUGUCCUUUAGUCCUGUCUCAGGCAAGCGGCAUGCCGGCUGUUCUAGGUAGGACAGUGUAUGGGCUGCUAGUGUGAGGGCUGUACCUCUGACUGGUAAUCACUCCCUCGCAGUCCAAAUUUAAAUAUGGAUGUCAUGUAUAGCUGUAAUAUUGAAGCAAGUCUAUUAUAGGAUAGGGUCAGAAUCGGUAGGCUCCAGGAUGAAAACAUUGUUUUUUUUCUUUUGAAACACCCAUUAUAAAUAAGUUACAUAGUAUAUUGCACCUAACAUGUGACUGCCUAGAGCGCUCCUGUAAUUCUGCUGUUUAAAAAUUCUAGGGGUUUUCAUAGACCUUUCACAGGAUGACUGUAAUAAUUAUUGGCACAAUAACGGCAUAUAUUUCCACACAGGUAUCAUGUUGCCAAAUAGAAUCUGAGUUGCUGCUGAUCAGGUAUCUCGGUGAUCGUAAAAUUGAGAAGGUUUCUAAGCCGAAGGACAAAGCUGUGAAUCAGGAUAGUAAUCUGAGAUGGUAUAGUUUCUUUGCCUGUAAGACUCGAGGAUGAAAACAUUAUAUAUGGUGAAUCAUUCUGCAUUGUGUUGGAUCUUUACAUCGAGCACUUGAUGUAUUUGGUAAAGUUGUCUGGGGUCUAGAUUCAGAUUAUAUAAAAAUCGUGGACCAUAAUUAAAUUGGUGAGCAGCUGAUCAUUUCAGUGUUGGUUUCCUACUAACUUUAUAGUGAAAUUGACAAGGAAGCAGACUAUCCCAUAAUGCAGCAAUUUAGAAUUGAGAUUUGUACUAUUGAGACACUUUAUUGAUCCUCUUUAGUAAACCAGUGUUGUAGUGUAGCUGCCUUUCAGAAUGGUUUAACAACAAAACCGUGGUCUGGCUGGCGUCCACUGCCACCAUUUCACGUGGAAUCUCGUGCACUGACCUGAAGCCAGUGCAUAUUAUUUUAAUUCAAGCAAGGUUGGAUUGAGAGAAGGCGAGGCAGGAAUUUGAAGGUGGAUGGUUCUUUGUGACCUGCUUGUGAUGGUAUUAAAAAAAGGAAGAGUUCCAUAUUUGUUCUGUAAAUGCCAAUACGUGUGAGCUCUUGAAAUGAUUAUAUAUGUUUAUAUACUAAAAUGCUUGCUGAACUAAAAAGAAACAUUUUUACAUUCUAUACAACAUCUGCAACCCUUAUUAUGAUGCUCCUUAGGGGGUAUAAUCUGCCCAUUUUGCCAUGGGAGAGUUUAAUACAAAUCAUGCUGUUUUUGUAGCUGGCAAUCAGGAGACGUUUUAUGGUUUUUCUGCUAUUUGUUCUAUAUCCUUUUAUCAUUUAACUUCCAUGCCACUAUUCCUCUUGCGGCAUCUGAUGUUUAUUAGGGUAAUAUGUAGAAGAGUACCAAAAUAUACUUGAAAAAGAAGGGUCUGAUUUCUCACAGUAAUGAUUUAUGUAAUUGUUAUAACUUUUCCUUGUGUUUAAAAUAUGUAGUCGGUAUUCGCAUAACACAAAUUUAAAUAUUGAAUGAAUGAAAGCCUGUCUUUUCUAGUAGUAGAGGAAAUGUGUUGUAUAUUGCAAAUGUAAGACUGUUUAGAAACUUGUGAAUUUGUCAGAAAUUCAAAUUUUACACCAAAAUAGCCACAAAUUCACGCUUUAACGGAUGAUUGUGAACUGCAAAAUUUGGCCCACUUGAUGCGCUGAAGUUAAAUAUGAAAGCAUAAUGUGUGUGUUUUUGUUUAAUGCAGUGAAAAUUGCACCUGGGUAAUUACUUUUUUAAUUUUGUUCUGCUUUUUCUCAGUUUGAAUUUUUUGGCCAAUCAAAGGUAUUGCUCUAAAAAGGAUUCCAAAUGAUUCCAUACAGUAAAUAUGACCGGGUGAGAGUAAAUACCUUAUUGGUGGGGGUGUCAGAGACCUGGGCACCCAUCACCCAUGCACUUGGGAUGUCUGUUUAAUAUAGACAUGCAGUGUUUUCACUGAUUUAAAGGACCACUAUAGUGCCAGGAAAACAUACUCGUAUCAAUUAGUCAGUACAAUCAUUUAGUAUAUUUAUUUUUUCAGUUAUGCCUGGCAAUCAUUCAUAGUGCGCUGUUUAUCAUAGCAACAUUUUGUAUCAAGUCCUACACAUUUUAUUUUUGGUUACAUUUUUAUUUAUUUGUUUUCAUUUUUAUUUUUUUCAUUUGAAUGGUUCGAUUACAAAUUUAUUUAUCUAGCUGACUACUUCAUUCCCAUUGACCAGCUUGCACAAUCGAUCUGCAUAUACUUAUUUUUCUCAGAUAUCUCUGUUUAUUAUUGAUUAUUAGUUAUUAUUGUCGAUCUAAACAAUUUUAAUCAGUUUUUUUCAAUUGGAGCUUUAGACCCAACGGCAUUUUCAGGGUCAUAUUUCUAACUACCAUUGUUUUUGUUAUUCAGCACGUUUUUCCAAUUUUGAUUUCUUACGAUAUAGAUUUAUUGAUAUACUCUUAUCUAUAUCUGAUUCCACUAUUACCUUAAUUAUCAAGAUUAUGGAUAGGCUAUGUAGGCUCUAUUAUGAUUAAUGUCCUAGCAUAUAUUUACUUUAUUACUCCUCUAUCAAUGGACCACUGCACCCAUAUAUCUUUCCUAAAUAGCACAGACGUGUGCUGCGGCUGAGUGUAUUUAUAUUACUCAAGACAUCAGAAUUUACUCUAUAUAAUUAGUUUGUAUCUUUUGUUUUUAACUUUAUAGUAUUCUUGUUGUAUCCAUUAUUACUAUUUAUUCCUUUGAUACUAUUGAUACCUAAUAAACUUUUUUUUUGUUUUUAGACCCUGUGGUCUUUUUACGUGUGCUCUAUAUCUUCAAUUUUUUUAUUUAGAAGUUUAGGCACAGGCUAUUUUCUCCCAAUUUUUUAGGUACACUAUUCCCUUUGUCUGUUAUUAAUUUCCACUAGGGGUUACCCCCCUGUAUUUAGUGUACUUUGGCUGUAUUUGAGUAGUUUUCUUCUAUUCAUAUAUUAUAGGGUUAAGCCCUGCAGACACAGCUGGAGUGACUUUACUGGUGCAUAGAUCACAAGUGGUGUUCCCUUAUCUAUCUGAUUAUUUGUUUUUUUCUUUAGAAAAACUGCAAUGAUUACUUUGCAGGACCAAGACAUCAUCAGACAGCUACUGAAUUCUAACGGAGUCUGACUCUAUUAAAUGACGCUGGACAUUCUCAUCCAUCAUCAGUGAAAACUCUAUAGGAAAGAAUAGACAAUGCUUUCCUUUGGGCAGUGCAUAAUGCGCUUUUGCAACGCAUGCACAUUAGCCCUCCAUGUUUUGUAUAUGGGCAUGAAAUGCAUUAUGAAAACAUUUUUAAACAGUGCACUUUUGCAACGCAUGCACAUUAGGUCCCCACGUCAGAGGAGACAGAGUGCAAACAGAUCGCCGAUGGAUAUUGGUGCUGGAAUCAGAUGAAUAAAUGGAGGUUUUUUUAACACUUUAUCUGCUAUGGAAGUUUGGUGCAAGGGAGAGGGGGACCAAAGGGCACUACAGUGUUAAAAAUACAAAUUUGUAUUCCUAACACUAUAGAAUCCCUUACAAUUGAAGCCAAGGCUACUUAAAGGAACACUAUAGUCACAAGAACAAAUAAUCACCAGGACACUUAGAAUUGGUGAUCUCAGCCAAUCCAGUGCUUUCCAUUGGGAAAGCAUUGUGAUUGGCUGAGAUCGGAGGGGACGGAACCAGCGCCAACGAUCCCAUGUGACAGGAAUGAUAUAUAUCUCUAUCUCAAAAUACAGUUAGAAUAAAAUUACAUAUGUAUAUAGAAUUAAUUUUAUUUAUAGAUUUAAAAAUAUUUUAUUUAUUUUAUUAUUGUAAUUAUACGUAUAUAACUGAUGAAAGUUCCAAGCUAGGAACUGAAACGUUGACUCAUGACAAAUACUAUUGUUAUUGAAUCCAAAUAUAUAUAUUUCAUUCCGAGUGUAUUUUAAUACUAAUAUUCAUAGUUAUAUUAAUAUUAAAAUACACUACGUACGCCGUUGCAUAUAUAUGAUGUACAUAUAAUAUAUAUAUAUUCAUAUUAAAUUAAUUUUAAACAUGUUUAAUUGUAUUUUUUUAACAUUUCCCACCAGCAAGGGGACUGUCUGACAUUCCAGACAGUCCCCCUGCUGGCAGAUCCACAGGCAACUAUACGGGGCCAUGUGAUCGUUCUUUGAGACUGAUCACAUGGCCCCUGGGGGCCUAAUUUGCCGUGGGAGGGCUGUCAGGCAGUCCUACCGAAGUGGAUCGCUGGGAUGGUGAGUAUCCCGGCUCUCCUGGGGGCUUCAGCAAUUAUGGGGUUCUAUGUCGCUAUAACGGCUUUAAAGCCCAUUCUAAUGGGGACGACAUAGAACGCUGUAACGGCAUUAAGGUGUUAACAUGUGGAGGAAUUCUGUUUACACAGCAGUAAACUGCAAAUAGAGACAUUUUAAAGCACAACCAUAGGAAACCACUGAUGCUCUGGAUUAUGUAGAACUUGCUAAUGCAUGGCUCUGAUGUAUGAAUGUUAUAAUUGCUAAAAAAAAAUACUUUGAGAAAUUUGAUGGAGUUUCUGUUUAAUGAAAUUUAAUAUUCAUUAAAAAGUAUUUAAUAAUAAUCUGUGAAGUGUACAUGAAUAUGACAUUGGUCACUCCUGUGAUAACAUUUUUGGAAUACAAAUGGCUCUGGUCUUAUCUCAGUGCCCAGUCAGAUAGGAGAUACGGGGUUAUCAAUUGUUGGGAUUUCAUGGUGCAUUUCAAAAUGUAGGGCAAAAGAGAAUUAGAAAAAUUGUCCAAGUUAAAUGGUUACUCCAACACCUUUUUAGUUAAAAGGAACACUAUACGCACCAAAAAAACUAGCUUAAUGAAGCAGUUUUGGUGUAUAGUUCGUACCCCUGCAGUCUCACUGCUCAAUUCUCUGCCGUUUAGGAGUUAAAUAGCUGAAGUGGAAGUGGUCGUCGGAGUAACCCUUUUAUUUCGUUUUCAAUUUGGCUAUUUUAGGCAUACAUUUUAAAAUCACUUUGAAUUCACUUUGAGUAGUUUAGAGAUCACUGGUUUUGUGUAAUAUAUAUAUUCCCCCUUUUAAUGUUAAAUACACUGCAAAUUCUCGCAGCGGCAGCCAUGCUUUGGCAAAGAAUUUUGACAUUUGGAUUGACAAACUACAAGAAAAAUAACUGAGAUGAUAGGCUUUGCAUUACCAGCGAUUUGAAGAAUGCAAUAUUAAAGGGGGAUCGGACAAUGACAGAAUCGGUUUCCACUGACGGAGAUCUUUAUUCUUAGGAAAACACUGUUUCCUAUUUCACAGCCAGAUAGACUAGGAAAUCACAAUACUGCAUUGUGUAUGAAUGCUUACAUUGUAUACAUGAACAUGGCUAAAAGGACAUUCUGUAUACAUAUAUGUAUGCAAAAUACAUUAUUCAACUGUCACACUGACAGGGUUAUUUACCAACGUGAAUUUCAUAUUUAACAAAUAACAGAAUUUGGAAGUCAGUUACGCUUCCAGUUCAACUAUUUUGGACUAAAAACAGACAUUUACACAAAAGAGUUAGCUCAAUCAUCUGCUUUUAAAAGUGGUCAUGGUGGUAGAAAUCUGUAUGUGCCGUGUCUUAGCUUGAAAAGCUGCACAUACUGAGGUAUCUUCCCUUUUGUGUUGGUAGCUACUUGCACACACAGCACGUUACUUAGGUGAACAAUAAUAUUAAGUGUUUAUGGUGCUUGCUGUGUCCCUUUAACCCCCUAGAGACCAGUCUGUUUUUAAAAUUUCUUACCGUUAAGGACCAGGGCUGUACCCACACAUAUUAUAUACCGUUUUUCUUGCAAUUAGAUUGUCUUUCUAAAGAUACCAUUAUUUUCAUCAUGUGAAAUAAGUUACUAUAAAGUAUAAAAUAUGAUGAAACAAUAUAAAAAAAAAACACACCUUUUAGAACUUUGACCCCCAAAAUCUGUUACGCAUCUACAAUCGCCAAAAAACACCCGUGCUAUAUAGUUUCUAAAUUUUGUCCUGAGUUUAGAAAUGCCCAAUGUUAACAUGUUCUUAGCUUUUUUUGGGGAAAGUUAUAGGGCUAUAAGUACAAUUAGCACUUUGCUAUUUCCAAACCAUUUUUUUUUCCUUCAAAAAUGAAUGCAAUUUACAUUGUAACACUGAUAUUUGUCAGGAAUCCCUGAAUAACCCUUCACAUGUAUAUACUUGUUAAAAGACAACCUAAGGUAUUAAACUUGGGGUAUUUUGACUCUUUUCAUGCAACCAUUUUACCACCAACCUAUGCCAAAUGUAAAAAAUAAAUAAUAAUUGGUUAAUUUUUUUGUCACAAAUAGCAAUUUAAGAAUACAUGUACUGCGAACUUUAAGGGUUAAAAUGUCACGCAGAACUAUUUGUUUUUUUAAUCUUAAUUUCUCACUUUUUAAGAUUUUAUUCAUAUUAUGUUUCACAUAUGAAUAGUUCAUGCGCAAUUAAAGCCCUGUUUCUCCUUAACAAAAUGAUAUAUAAUAAGUGUGGGUGCACUUUGAUAUAAAAAAGGUGAAUUACGGUUUAACAGACAUAUAGCUCAAAUUCCAGUUUUUGUUUACAUUUUGUUUUGAUCAGAACGUAUACUAUUGACUUCGUUCUUGAGGGAUUAACCGCUGGCUACCCCAUGCUUGAGAACCUCCAAUCUAAAAGCAACAGCAAUUUUAGGAGACCUUAGCCCUGGCACUCAUUACAUAUAAUUAGGAAAUGUGUAGUAUCUUUUUAAAUGUAACACUUGUCCAUUCUUAAAAUAUCAGGUUAUUAAAUUAUACAUAAUGGGCUUCUUUCCUUUCUCUGGCAAUUUGAAGUGUUAAAUGGACAGUUCAUGCAGAUAUCUAAGAAAACACUGUUCACCAUUAUUUGAUUAGUAAGAAUUUUAGUAGGCUAAUGUAAUCUUCUUAUUUCGGGCUUAGUUAUUUUUGCUGGCAUGUUCUUGGUAAAUUUAUAAAUCGCUAAAGUCCUCCAUGUUUUGUAUAUGGGCAUGAAAUGCAUUAUGACAACAUUUUUAAACUAGGGAUCAGUAAGCUUUCCACUACACUCUUAUCUCGUCUGCCUUGCCUUAUCAGAGGGGUAAUAUAAUUGAAUUGCCUUCUAUAUCAAGCUUGUGUGUGCAUAGGUGUGGUAAAAGAUUUAAUGCCACCAUCGUAAUCCUCCUCUUCCUCCUCCUCCUCUGUGCAGUGUAAGCAUACCUUUACCUGUAUUUGAGAAAGAGAAAAUAUAUAUAUAUAUAUAUAUAUAUAUAUGGUUUUUUUUUGGCAGAAAAGGCAGUGACUCACCUGUCAUGGGACCUUCGGUGUAAUACAUUGCAGUAAGGGAUUCCCCCUACCCUAAAGCAGCUCCAGGGCACUCAAACAUUGCCCAUGUUGUGAAUCAAGGAGUCUCCUUUUGCCAUGGUUACACUAAUCUGUAGCUGGACAUUUGCCAACCACUUUACUACAUAGCUAUGUACAGCUCAUACAUUCCAUGCGAGUUUAAGGACAAACUCAUCGUGUGCCUCUGAUAACACAUCGAGUACCCCGUUUCAUUCCAUCAGAAGCCUGCCACACCCCUUCCUAGAUGGAUACACUUGAUGAUUCUCAAUUACGUUUUCAUUGCAUUUUACGCCCAAGUGAACUUCGCAGUUGGUGGUAGGGUGUGUGAUGCCACAGUUGUUUUUAAAAAAAAUUAUUUACUGUAUUUUACACCUACAGUUUAUUCUCCCUUAACUUUCAAAUGCUUUAUUACUUUAUGGUUUUCUAUUUAAAUCUCAAUAAUUAUUUGGUUAUUUACAUCGCUAUAUAGGCUAAAAAAAACAAAAAAAAAACCUGCUUUCAUCAUGUUCAGCACAAAUCUGUUUUUGGUGUUGAUCCAAAAGAAGACCAAAAAAAAAACCUGUUUAUUCCAAAAUUGGAAAGUGAUACCAACAACCAAAUCCCUUCUCGACCCCAGGACAAAAUGGCUGUCUCAUCUCGAUAAAGGAAGAAGCUGUUACUCCACAUAUUAAAAAGUAUAUCCCUGAAUAUAUUUUUUUCCAAUAAUUCAUUUAGUUGCUGUUUAAACAUCUGUACGGACUCUUAUAAAACCACAUCUUUAUUGUUCUUACUGUAAAGAACCCUUUCUUCCAGUCUAAAUGGGUGACCUUGUGUCCUAUGUAUAGUCCUGUUUAUGAAUGGAUUUCUAGACGAGAGUUUAUUUGUAUAAUGCAAUCAUGUCCCCUCCGAGGCUCCUCCCUUCCCUUUUUAAAUAAACAUUAGAGGUGUAAAUUUGUUAGUCUAUCUUCGUAGCUAAAAUCUUCCAUUCCUCUUUUUAAAUUUGUAGCCCACCUUUGCACUUUUCUAGUUCCAUGAUAUUCUUCUUUAGAACAGGUGACCACACAUUAAAGGUGUGGUCUUACCCGUGAUUUAUUAAGAAGCAAAAUUCUAUUUUCAGUUCAAGACAUAAUGCCCCCUUUUAAUGCAUGGCAAUGCCUUACUGGUAGGUUCGAGUAUAGCUUGUUUUUUUAUUUAUUUUUUUUGGAUUGUUAUGUUUUUUCCUUUUUCUUUUUGAGGGGGACAAAAGGGAAGGUGGAUUAUUACUGUAUUACUAAUGGCAAAUGUAGUGUGUGUACUGACUUUUUUAAUAUAAUCAAUACAUUGACCACAAUCUUAUGUUCUUUUCUUUGAUAAAAUAUAUUGCAGUUUUUGAUUUCUAAAUUAGUGUUUUCCCAACAUGGAGGCAGGUCAGAGGAAUGAAAAUGCCUAAAUGUGGCAUCUGAUUGGUUAGAUCCCCUCUUGAUACCAGCUGAUAUGAAAAUGACAUCCAAACAGUUAGAGGACAACUAGGCACAGUGCAGGUGAAGUUGCAUUUUUAGUAGCCCAUGCUGAAUAGUUUAUUUAAUCUCUAGUGCUGAAGCAAACCUAAUUUAUUCAAUUUGAAAAAAAGAUAGUUUAUGGCAAUCCAUCACCAUGUAUAAUUUAUUUAAGCUUUAAUUGCAUUCAUUGUGCUUAUGACAUCCUUACUGAGACUCACGUCAAUGUUUUCAUGUUCUGGUUAUGGCAAUUCUCCAAAUGGCAAGUGGUAGUGUCUGAGUCACAUAAAGUCUAACACAACACAAUAGUUCUGUUCUUAUACCACUUUCGAAACGCCAUGCAUUUUUCCAUCAAGUGGUAGUGAUAAAUAUGAUUUUUAUAAUUUUUUAACAAGCUUGUUAAAUGGUACAGGAUGUACUGUUACAUCAGUAUUAUUGAACGUAAACAGGGUUUUGGAAAACGCAGGGUAAAGUUAGAUGACACUCAAGCUUCGGCAAUCAGUUUUGUUGCCAAGCAGACAGCGUUGCCUAUUGCAUCUCUGAAUUUGGCAUGAUGCUUACUGUUACAUUCAUUGUCUAAAGAGUAUAUGGUAGAGACUUUAAAGUACUUAUUGAUGAGGCUGUUGUGCAAAAUUUAUUUUGUAUGACUUUUGAAACGUUCUGGUCACCACAGUUGGUUUAUUUAAUAAAGCACUAUGAAAUCCCAUAAACUUUUUUUUUUUUUUUCUGGUUGGUCUGAAAGUAGCCAAAACAUGUUUCCCUUUAAAGCAGUGGUUCCCAACCCAGUCCUCAUGUACCACCUAAUAGUCCAGCAUUUAGGGAUUACCCUGUUGUGUUUAAGGUGUUUUUAGAAAAAGAAAAACAAAAAAAACACCACUUUAGACACAACAGGGUAAUCCCUAAAUCCUGGACUGGUAAGGGGGUACUUGAGGACUGGGCUGGGAACCACUGCUUUAAAGGAUCGCUUUCGUGUUAGGAAUACAAAGUGUCUAUGAAACUGACAUUUGUUUUCAUUGCUGGGUUAAGGAAAUAGGGACACUGCACCCAGAUUACUUCAAUGAUAUGUAAUGGUCUAGACCAGGCUUCCCCAAACUCCGGUCCUCCAGAUGUUGCUGAACUACAACUCCCAUGAUUCUAUGAAUGAAAUAGGCUGAGAAUCAUGUGGCUUGUAGUUCAGCAACAUCUGGAGGGCCAGAGUUUGGGGAAUCCUGGUGUAGACUCUAGGGUGACUAGUCUUUUGCGGUUUGUUAAUUGAACUGCACAACUAAGCCGUAUAAACAAGUUGGGAAAAGAGCAGAUUUGUGUAAAGCUCUUAUUUCAUCAAAUUGUAAAAAAAAAAAUUAUCUUCUAAAUCAUCAAUUUUUAUAAUGUUGAGCUUAUUCAGAUCAAAGUACUUAUAUUAAAAAAGUGCAUAAGUCCUUUUGUUAUUUUGAAAUUAUGGCAAUUUAGUGUGGCUCUUUACUUUAUUAGCACUCAUUCUAUGUUGUUGGUUUACAGAUAAGCAUAAGCAAUGUCUUUAGAGUUAUUCUCUUAUUAGUUAUACAGGUUGCUCUCUGCAUCUCUUUACAUGAUGUGUUUUCACUUUGUAUUUGUCCCCUGGGGCCAGUUUGCAGUGAGAGGUUGAAAGUCUCAGUGGUUAAUUCUGUAGCCUAGGCUUCUGCUUCCUUCUCUGAUUGCUUUGUUCUUUUGUAUUGAGGUUUAUUUGUGUUUUUCCCCCCUUCUUUUUCAAAAGGGCAGAGCUAUAUCCCCAGGGCUGUGGGGGAUGUGAGGAAUAUAGGACAUAAAUACACGAAAAUAUAUAAUGUUUAUGUUAAAGUGAGCAACCUGUGGCACUACAGCUGUGUGUUUGGUUCCAACCUCCAUUUCCCUUCAGUCAUCCUUUGAAGUCCAGCAGCAGCUUGGAGACGGUCCAUCAUUUACCUUCUUUGUAUGAUUCGUAACUGUAAUAUGAGGGAAUAUGGGUGGUACAUUUUCAAGAGUAGGCAAACUUCGGCACUCCAGAUGUUGUGGACAUCAUCUCCUGUAAUGCUCUUACAGUAACAAUAUUGGCCAAGCAUCAGGGGAGAUGUAGUCACAACAUCUGGAGUGCCGAAGGUUGCCUACCCUUGGCCUAGACCCUAGAGCACCUGCUUUGCAAAGACUUCUCAUUGAGUUGCAUCGGGUAGUCUGUGAUUGGACAGCCACAGAGAGUCUGGGCUGAGAAAGAAGAGGAUGGCCUGCAAAGGCUGUAGACAAGAGAUGUUACAAAGUAAAGUAGGGGUGCAACAUUUUGAUUUAAAAAAUUUGUAGUUAAUAAUAUUUUCGUAUUUCCUUUAAUAAAUGCCCCUUUCAGUGUGAGGGUGUUGAAUGUAUGUUUGGUGUUAACUGGGCCACAGUACAAAUGCAGCAAGUGGACAGAUAAAGGAAUAUACCUGUUAUAAUCUACAGACGUUAGGCCACAACUGUAUCAAAGAAUAGAAUGAGCCCUUUAAAAAAAAAAAAAAAAAAGUAAAACAAUAAAUCAUAGUAAUCAAUGGUUUUCCUUUUUUUUUUUUUUUACUUUCAGUCAUAUCUAACAUUUAUAAUAGUUACUUAUUUGACCGUUUUAAAAUGUGAAAUGUGGUCCUUUGAAAUAAACGAACACCCAGUAAUUCAUUCUGUACUCCUGAAGCGUAGCAUGUUGCUGUUGUAGUGUUACUGUUUUACCUUAAUAAUGUCAGUGUCUCAGCCAGCUGUUGCAUGUCUCUUCCAGGGGUGUGUCUCAGAGACAGCUGGUUGUCUUGUACUAUGCAGGCAGCAUAAGUGAUAGAACAUAGCUACUUGUACAGGUUUCCAGCUCCACAAUGCCAAACCAGCUGCUGUCUCUCUCUUCCGGUAGUGUGGGCAGCUUCUGCUCUGCUGGACAAAUGUGAGUGCUCUGCAGUGCUUAGUGGAUUGACAGACAUGCUCGAAAGUCUUAGUUCUUUUUUUUCCCAAGCAUUUGCUUAUUUCCAAAACAAUUCGACCAGAAAAUCAAUGAAGGGAAAUCAACCUUGUUAUCUGCUGAAGGUUGUGUGUCCGAGAGACUGUAUUAUUUUAUUCAUUGUUAUUUUAGUAAUAUAUAGCAAUACUCAGAACAGAUAACUGUCACCUUAUUAUAUACUUUUAGUUACGCACCUUGGCUUUCAAGGGCCACUAUAUAGUCACCAGAACAACUACAGAUUAAUGUAGUUGUUCUGGUGUCUUAUUGCCUGUCCCUGCAGCAAUUUGCAUGUAAACACUGCCUUUUCAGAGGCCGGGUUUUAAAAUUAAAAGCAACUCAAAAAUAUUAAUGUGAUUAGUCUAUUAAUUGAGUAUGUUAGUUAAAGCAGGGCUUGGCAAACUUGCUUUCUAUCUAGGAGCCAGCUAAAAAAGUUAGGAGCCAGUUUUUCCCCCACCAGUUUAUUGCUGUACUUGAUUGUAAUUUGUUUUAUGCAUUUAUAUGGGUCCCUGAGGAAGUUUUCAAGGGAGAAGGAAACGCGUUGGACAACCAUAUAUUUUAUAUAUUUGUUAAAAAAAAUAUAUUUUUAUACAAUAAAUAUCAAUUUUUACGGAAGAUUUCUCUGGUUAAUCGUUUGUGGUGACUAAAAGGACCAGUCCGGUGAGGAGUCCGAGAGAGGAACUUAAGCCCCCUACUACAAUAGAGGCUGGCCCCUUUAAGGCUUUUAAAACAACUUUAAUCUUGAGUGCAACCGAAAAUUUGCAUUAUUUAUUAGCCAAUAUUGCACUGUUAUUACUUUUUCUAUAGGUCCAUCAGCAAGAACCCUACAUUUUGUACAUGUACACCAUGACUACUUAGAAUCAGUGACGUGAUCAUGUUGCUUGGGCCUAACGCUUUUUGCAAUGUUAGGUGUAUUACUGUAGAGGUGGAAAUUACCUUGGCCGAUAGAUAUUUUAUAUAAGUUGUUUAAACGGCUCGUAUUUACUUUGAAUUUGAUAGGUUUAAUCUUUUUUGAAAUAUAUAGAAGAAAAAGAUAAUUUCAAACUAUUCAAGGUAUAUAUUGUUUAUGGCUACCCAUUAUACCAGUGUGGAUCUACAUUGCCAUAUUGCUGAACCAGGCUAUAUUUAGGCUGCAACUGUAAUUUCUGAGGUAUGUAUUUGGGCAGCAUCACUGAUACAGGGGAAGAAUGUGCAAACAUCUACACUGAUUGGCCCUGAAUAUUUAUGUAGUGUCACCAUAUUCUGUAGUGCUGUUAAUGGUGUAAUUCCUACAUACUUAUCACGAUGAAGCUGUUCAAUAUCACAUUGGUCAUUGCUUUGCGGUAGACAAAAAGAGAACUGAAAAUUGACCUUAAAGGGACACUAUAGUGUCAUUGAAGUAAUUGGGAUGCAGUGUCUCUGUCCCCCUUUGCCCUGCAAUGUAAAACAUGGCAGUUUUUAGCGGAAUUGCAGCGCAAGACUGCCUCUAGUGGCUGUUUACCAAAUAUAUACUAGAGACGGGUCCUGCUGUUUCACAGAUUUUCACUCCGUGAAAUGACUCCAGACAUCCACUCCUCACACUUUGCAUGAGGUUGUUCCAUGUCUUUAACCCCUUAAGGACACAUGACGUGUGACAUGUCAUGAUUCCCUUUUAUUCCAGAAGUUUGGUCCUUAAAGGGUUAAAAUCCCCAUAGAAAAAUGAGUCAAUGCUUAAUGCUUUCCUGUGGGAAAGGCUUAUGCACAUAGCAUUCGAUCUCAUGUGCAUUAGGUUCCCUCGUUGGCCGACCACGGUGGAGGAGGAGCACAUCCCAACGCCGAGGGACAUCGGCACUGAAAUCAGGUAAGUGUAAAAGAUUUUUAACCUUUUAUUUACGUGGUGAACAUAGAGACACUAUGUGGUAGGAAUAUAGUUUUGUUCCUGUAAAACGAACCUAUUUUUCCAAAAAUAACCAUUGUUAUUUCAGGGGACAAUGUUAUUUUCUGACCGACCCCCCCCCCCCGUUUUAAAAUAUGCAAAGUAAAAUAAAGGUUACAUCAUUUCUAGAGGUGGAUUUAAAGCUGCAAUGUGUUAAAUUUCAUGACUGGUCCAUGGCACCCAGCUCUUUUCAUUGAGAUGAAGUGGUCUGGCUGACUAUAGUUCUUUUAACUUUGUAAUCCGAAAUGAACAGCUUUAGUUACAUGCCCGAGGACACAUUUAUAUAGGUUAGCAAAUUGUCUGCUUGACCAUUAUUGCUAGCUGAUUAAAGGAACAGUGAUAGGCUUUCCUUAAAUAUGAGUUCUGCAUUAACCCCUUAAGGACCAAACUUCUGGAAUAAAAGGGAAUCAUGACAUGUCACACGUCAUGUGUCCUUAAAGGACCACUAUAGGCACCCAGGCCACUUUAGCUGUCUGCUGUAAACAUAGCAGUUUCUCAUUGACAGCCGCUAGAGGCGCUUCUGCACUUCUCACUGUGAUUUUCACAGUGAGAAGACGCCAGCAUCCAUAGGAAAGCAUGGCAUCAUGCGCAUUCAGCCGAUGACAUCAGAAGAGGGAGGAGAGUCCCCAGCGCCGAGGGAGCCCGGCGCUGGAGAAAGGUGAGUGUUUAACCCCCUUCCUCCCACUUCAGCCCAGCGGGAGUGGAACCCUGAGGGUGGGUGCACCCUCAGGGCACUAUAGUGCCAGGAAAAUGAGUUUGUUUUCCUGGCACUAUAGUAGUCCUUUAAGGGGUUAAUGGUUUCCUGAUUUCAUCUAUAGGAGUACUCAAAUGGCUUGCAAGUGUACGUAUGUAUGUAUUACAUUAAUUUAUUGUAAACCAUAUUAAAUGAACCUAGUCAUUGAGGGGGCCUGUCCUCCUCCAUCGUCAGUCAAAUUCAAUAUUAUUUAUAAAGGAACAUUGGGGACCAGAUACUGUGCAUCUGCGGCAGGUACAACUUAAAAAAAAAAAACAACCUCAAAAUAGAACAGGGAGUCAGAAGCCCUGAGCUACUUGAUGGAAUGUCAUGAAAGGGUUAAAAUACUAGCCAUAAGUGGGAUGGAAAAAAAAUCAGAAACAGAAAGCUUUGCAACCAAAUGAACCCAUCCCACCCAUUAUUAUUUUUUAAGUUUGCCCCACCAACUCAAACACAAAAGGAUUACACAUUAACCCAUGCAAUUCUGGACCUGAACAAUGUUUGCCUGUCUCCUCUCUACUGCACUACUAUGCUAGUAGACAACCCAUCAUGUAAUCACAAAAGUACAGUGAUGAGGGCUGCAACUCUUUACUCCUUAAUGCUUGUGGCCCCGGGGGCAAAUUAUACCCCUUGGAAACUCUACCCUGGUUUCUCUCUUUGACUAUUUGUAAAAUAUGUUUUGGGGGGCAGGAGGGCUUGUUUGUUUUUGUUCUUUAAUGACGAUUCUGCUAUACUUUCCCCCAGUGAACAGGCCAGCUCUUACACACACCAUCUGGUGUUACAAGCCUCUGCAUGUAACUUGACUCCAGACCUCGAUGUCUGACUCCACCUGUCUCCACCCUUUCAAAUUCCUUUGCCAUGCCAUCUCCUCAUUCUUGCAAGUGGGUACAGAGAGAGCUAGUGUAUGCCACGCAGCUAGCUACCUCCCUUUCAUUUCGGUCAUGAUAGUUGGCCCUGUCUUGCCGUCGUUCAGUGCUUUAGAUGGGAAAGGGCACAUGAUCAGCACACCAUUUCGGGACAAAGCCACAAGGCGCAAUGUGAUCUUCCGCUCAGGUACUGUUGUGGGCACUGGGUCGUCUGUGAUAGCUAUGGCAGCAAGGCAUAACAAAUAACAGUAAAUUGUAUUUUAUGUAGUUUGACAAAAGACUGCACCGUGGAAGCUCUACUUUAUAGAGACAUUGCAUGCAUUAAUUUUGUAAAAUCAUUUUUUUGUUUUAACCCUUCCCUGAUGCACAUCCUUUAUCUUCAUACCUUUGGCCCAUUUAGUCUGCCCAAUUCUCUAAAUACUUUCAUUAGUCCCUGGCCUUAUCUUAUGUCUUCUUCUGCAUAUCCUGCAUGUUUAAACUCCCUCACUGUGUUAACCUCUACCACUUUAGCUGGAAGGCUAUUCCAUGAGUCUACUACCCUCUCAGUAAAGUAUUACUUCCUGGUAUUAUUUUUAAACCUUUGCCCCUCUAAUUUAAGAUUAUGUCCUCUUGUUGUGGUAGUUUUUCUUCUUUUAAGUAUACUCCCCUGUUGAUUCACUUUUUUAUAUUUAAAUGUUUCAUAUCCCCCGUGUCUCGUCUUUCCUCCAAGCUAUACAUGUUACGAUCCUUUAACCUUUCCUGGUAAGUUUUAUCCUGCAAUCCAUUAACCAGUUCAGUAGCCCUUCUCUGAACUCUCUCUAAGGUAUCAAUAUCCUUCUGGAGAUACGGUCUCCAGUACUGUGUACAAUACUCCAAGUGAGGUCUCACCAGUGUUCUCUACAAUGCCAGCUUUAUCCUGUGUGGAUGCACGUUUGAUUCCUAAUGUGGCAUGAUUAAGUGAUAUUCCAAAGAUUUUCUGAAAGUAAGCAAAUCUACGGUGAACCUGUCUAGGUAGCUUUCAUUGUGUUUGCCAGUUAUACCAGAACCUGUCUGUAUUUGUACCAUUGUGUUUUAAAAUGUUAUGUAAUUGUCACUUUGCUGUGCGAUAAGUUGCUUUGUGUGCGUAUGUGUGUAGAUAAAAUAUACUUUACUAAUAAAAUGCAGAAGUUGUUUUACCUCCCAGUACAAAUAUGUGCAUCAGUCUUCAUUUAAUGUCCGUUAUUUACUAAAGUGAAAAAAAAAAAGCAACAAAUUACAAAUAUUCAAAGUGAAAUUUAUUCACAUUCAUAUUUAAAAAAAAUAAAAAAAAACUCAAAUCCCCCCCCAAUUUGCUUGCCUCGUUGCAUUUAAAACAUCUUGCCACAAGAUAUUUACAUUACAAUACACGUACCUAACUUCUUGAAAUUGUCCACUAUUUUUACAUAAUCAAACCUAAACCCCUCUCUCCGCCAUUUCCCUGGAAACUUUAAAUUUGCUUUUAGUGUUUUAAUGGUUUGAGCUUUAUAGAAUACUCAGACACAUAUGGAGAUUACAGUAUCACAGUCAGACUUCAACAGAAAUGCUAUAAUAUCCACAGUUUUCUGAACAUACAGACCUGGCACUUUUUGUGCUAAAAGAAACGCCUUGCAUUGAUAUGUCCCUAAUUUGUAUUUGCUUUUGUUGUCUUGAAUUGUUAUUGAUUGCUAAUCUUUUUGCAAAAUAAAUAUUAGAAAAACACUGUUGCCAUGAAAAGUGCUUAACGUGUAUAUUUUAAUACCUAUAUCUCUGGUUGUUUUCUUGUGUGCAUUAUUAUGACAAUUGAUUAUCGUUUGUUAAUAGAGAACGCCAAGGUUGUUUGCUUUCCAGAAUGCUGACUGACAAGGGGUUGUCUGGCUUGUGAAAAUGAACGUCUUGAUUAUUUUGGAAGAUGAUACGGGCCUUGUCUGUUUUUAGCUCACGACAUGGGUGAUGUAAUUUGGGAGAAAAUAAGAACAGUGUAUGGAGCCUGGAAAUCUGGUGUCUUGUUUUCUAACUUUCCUAGUAGUUUAUUUUUGUCUCUUGUGUCUGACACCCCGGCUCCAGCACUGUCUGCCUAUUCUCACGCAGCAUUGCUUCCCCAUUUAGCUUCCUGAAUGCUGGAUUAGAGGAUUUUGGGGAUUGCUUAAAUUAGUGGCAUCCACUCAGAGCCAGGAGACCUGGUGUCCCUCAAGCCUGGCUUCCCACCACAUGAUUUCCCCACAUCACAAAUUCUGUUGUGUAGGUUGUUGUUUGUGGUCAUGUUCUACAAUGAAUAUCUCGAAAAGUUAUGGAAUUUACAUUAGUCACAAUAUUUAACUGAUGAAUGACAGUGUUUUUUAAUCCCUUUGGGUUGAGACCCAAAUCUGUAUUCCUAUGCUAUUUUUGGUGGGUCUGUGUUGGUUGGAGCAUACACAUCCUAUUAUCAGGCUUUUGGUAACUGCCAACUAUAAAUUGUUUAUUGUACCAUCACACGCUUCCCCAGUUCACUGGAGACCCUUGUGACACUGUGAAGACCAUGUUUUAAAGAAUGUAUUUUAGUAUUUAUUGCCCUUGUAGAAUGAGUCACUGAGCUAAUUUUAGAAUUGAAGAAUUGCUCCCUAAGCUAAAUGUCUUGUAUGUAAAGUGCCUGUUAAAAAGCAUCAUGCAAUGCUUGCAAUACGCAUUCACAAUACUGCCUUUGGAACAGAUACUUAAUUUAAACCUUGUGUGCCAGCAGUGAGAAUCUUCUUUGCCCAUCCGUUUGUUAUGGAAACUAUUAGCAACCAUCAGGUUUUAAUCUUUUCUUUAGCUAUAGAGACCAAUAUAUCUUUUGUUGUUACUAAAUGUUUUGAGAGUUGUUAAAUAAAAUUCAAUAAAAGCUGUUUAUUGAAUGCCAAAAUAUUUAAAGUGAGUUUGGGGUUUCUGCAGAAGUGGGACACUGUUGCAUUCUUACCUGCAAAACACUAAUUGAUAAUCUAAGCUGUUUACACUAAUAUUAAAACUUCCUCUAUGCUAAUCCUGACUAUCUCACAAAGAGGGUUGCUAAGCAUAGGGCAUUGCCAAGUUAAUUGCACAUCCUUUGAAGCACAUUGUUGGCCACAGUGAUUAGUUAGCUCAUGGGAAGACCUUGCUGACUGAGCAUGAUGUAAGUUGCUGUCCAUAGACUUUACAGUGCCAAGUGUGAAUAGAUAUUAUAGUAUUUGUAUGAACUAACAAUGUCUACCUUUUUCUCCACAGAAGCCUUGCACCGUCCUUAUGGCAGUGACUCGGAACCACAGACCCUUAAUGAUGCUAUCCGUUGGAGUUCCAAGGAGAACCUGCUUGGGGCCACAGAGAGCGACCCAAAUCUUUUCCUCGCUCUGUAUGACUUUGUAGCCAGUGGAGACAAUACCCUUAGCAUCACCAAAGGUUUGUGGAUGAUAAAGUAUUAUUGUUUCAGACAUCCAUACUCAUCAGGUUAUUUUCAAAACCAGAAAAUCUAUAUCUUAAUGUGAGCAUUCUUUUGACUGAAAAUAGGAUAUCUCUAACUAAAGCAGUUUUAUUUAUUUUUUUAAUAUUAAACUGUUCUAUAUAUAUAUAUAUAUAUAUAUAUAUAUAUAUAUAUAUAUAUAUAUAUAUAUAUAUAUAUAUAUAUAUAGCUUUUCUGUCUCUUAAAGGAACACUCCAGAGACCUAUAGUGUUAGGAAUGGAGGUGCUGCUCUUCACUUAUUGUCUGAUAUCUCUGGAGCCAUUGAAUAAACUAUUUAACUGGCUCAGAGCACAUGAGCACAUAUGCGCAGGAGAGGGGUUACUAAAAAAAAAAUAUAUAUAUAUAUAUAUUAUAUAUAACAAAGGUUAUAUGGGAGGAAGGGUGAGCUUAAAUUAGGCGGCCACUCUGAGCUGUUAAGGGAUGGGAGUAAAAAAAAAAACACUCUUGGAGAAGCUAAUUACAUCUGUCCGAUUGCUGUGUGUGCUCAUGACAGAAGUCACUUUUGCACAAAAUUGACAUGAGGCAGCCCGAGCUGCCAAAGUCACAUUUGGAGUGUUUCAAGCUAAAAAGCCCAAGACGACUUUGCGGUUGGAGUAACCAUUUAAGAGGAGACGGCACCAUGACCUCCUGACACCGCCAUUUCAUUGAGAGAUGACGUUAUGGUGCCUUGAGUGUUCUUUUAAAUCAGUCUCUUUGUAUAUAACACAUUUUGUAACUUUAAAUGUGCUUAAUUCGGCUUUUCCAAUGCAUUAUCUUUUAGGAGAGAAGCUGCGUGUGCUCUGCUAUAACCAGAAUGGGGAAUGGUGUGAAGUUCUUUCUAAGAAUGGACAAGGUUGGGUGCCCAGUAAUUAUAUCACACCUGUAAACAGUCUUGAGAAACAUUCGUGGUAUCAUGGACCAGUGUCUCGCAGCGCUGCAGAGUAUCUCCUUAGCAGCCUCAUCAAUGGCAGUUUCUUGGUGCGUGAGAGCGAGAGUAGCCCAGGCCAGCUCUCCAUCUCCUUGCGUUACGAGGGCCGUGUCUACCAUUACCGCAUCAAUACAUCAUCGGAUGGCAAGGUGAACAGGGUGGUGUAUUUGUUACAGUGGAAUAUAUGAGUCUCUUCUCGUGUCUUAAAUAAAAUAAAAUGAAUAUAUGCAUAAAAGUAUUAAAAUCCCACUAGUUGUUUUAAGCAACAUACCAAAUUUUCAAAUUUCAUUUUGUUUAAAGGUGGCAAUAUAAGCACCCAGACUCAUCUCAUUUAAGUAGUCUGGGUGCAAUAUCUCUGUCCCACUUAGUCCUGCAAUGUGAAACAUUAAAGUUUUUGAGAAACUGUAAUGAUUACUUUGCAGGACUAAGAUUGCCUCUAGUGGCUGUCAAUCAGACAGCCUCUAGAGACACUUCUGGGAUUCUAAUGGACUGUGAGUCCCUUAAAUGACGCUGGACGCCCUCGCACUCUGCAUGGGGACAGCCAGGAAUGGAAAUGCUUUCCUAUGAGGAGGGCAUAAUGCGCUUGGGUAAGUGACUAAAAGAUUUUUUUAUUUUUAUAUUUUAAUAUAAAAUACAGAUUUGUAUUCCUUUCACUCUAGAUUCCCUUGAACUGUUUGGUAAAUGUACCCUCAAAGAAAACAGGCAUGUUUGUCUUUUACUUUUUGUGUAUAUCGAAAAAAGAGCUUGCUGUCUGCAAUCUUUGCAAGUACUCCCCUUUAUUCCCAUUACAAACUGGAAUUGACCAAUCAGAGGCUGCGCAUUGAGAAACCACUGCUCGGGAAGAGCAGGAAGACAGGUGUGCUUUAGCCCAGCACAGCUGCCACUUUUGUUAGCUCUCUGGAUCUUACGAAAGAGGAAGAAAACUAGGUUCCUGGAGUCUGUCAAUUUUUUUAAAGUUUAUAAAAGGGGCAAUUUUAAUAGGCCAAAAUGCCUACCCAGCUGUCUCCUAUUGAAGUUGCCACUUUUAUAAACUUUCAAAGAAUUGACAGACUCUUAAGAACCUAAAGCACUUUACCAAGCCAAAUUGCCUUUGUGUCCAGGGUGUUUCUUUAAGACCGUUACACACAAACACAUAGCCUUUUAAACAUAUACCUAUAAUUAGGUAAUUUACUAUAAGUGAUAGCUCCCAGACAGUCUUCUGGUCAUACAGAUAUGUAGAUCAUAGUGUUGCAGAGGAAGGAGGCUUAUGGAAAAGAGAGAACUUUAUUGCUAGUAUUGUUUUACUAUACUAAAAUGUGGAUGUAUUUGAUAUAUUUUGUGCUGAUAAAUUAUCCUCCAACACCCAGGUCUAUGUCACCGCAGAAAGCCGUUUCAACACACUUGCUGAGCUUGUUCACCAUCACUCCACAGUGGCUGAUGGGCUUGUCACUAUCCUACACUACCCAGCACCCAAAUGCAACAAACCUACAGUUUAUGGAGUCUCUCCCAUUCAUGACAAGUGGGAAAUGGAACGCACAGAUAUCACCAUGAAGCACAAGUUAGGAGGAGGACAAUAUGGAGAAGUGUAUGUUGGGGUCUGGAAGAAAUACAAUCUCACCGUAGCUGUAAAAACACUAAAGGUAAGAGAUACACUUACUGUCACUUUACAUUAUGCAAAUAGUCAUUCUCCAUGUGGUAUUCAUUCUCUUUCAGUGCCUCAUAGCAUUGUCUGCUUUUUUCCCUCCUCCUUCUGGAACAUGUGUUGUCCUCUUCUAACACGUUACCAUCCAUUGUCCAAUAUCUUUUUUUAGUAAUCCCCCCUUCCACCACCACCCCAAUAAGGUUUGGGCAUAGUUUUUCAUAGCAUUCUUGGCGUGGUAUUUCAUAAAGCGGUUUAGGCGUGCUGCAUUGAAGGUACUGUCUUUAAUUGUCCAUUAAUUUGUUCAAAUAUUUAAUUAAAGAUCUUCCCUUUUAUUUUUUUGCUAAUACUGUCAUGUGAUGUGGCCUAAAUGGACUAGUCUUUUCAAUUAAUAUAUUGUUUACACAUUCUUAAACUACUAAUAUUUGGUGUCUGACUUAACUUGUUUUAUAUAUCACAGAAAAUAUCUGGUGGGCAGUUUCUGGACUGUACAUCGCCUGUCAUAGCUAAACUUUGACAUUGAAACAGGUGUGGAGUUAUUCCUUGUGAUGCAGUUGGAGCUUUUGAUAAAGUAAAUGAGAAUCUGAGUGACGUAGUUUAGUUUUGUAGCGGUCUGCCUUUUUGUAUUUUGAUUCUUAGCUUACUUCUGUUUGCCUGUACAAGAAUGAGGAGACAAAUCUCUGUUCAUUGGGAGGCUAGUGACCAGGGAGUUGCAGUAAUUGAAGCAGAACAUGUCAUAUGAGCCUUUUAAUCAUUUGGGUCUUGGGUGAGUAGAGAGCUGUUUGAGAUGAAGGUGGUGUAUAGCAAGUGGCUAAGUAUAAGGAAAGAGGAAUGGUCAAGGCAGUGAGCUAGGAGAUAUGUCAGUAUUGGCUGCGAUGUGGGAUCGACUUUUGAGACGUAUAAUGGACUGGAGAACAGCAAAAGAUCUGUUUACAACAGGGGUGCCCAAAUGGUAUGUUAUAGAACUACAGCUCCCGUGAUACUUUGCAUGCCUUUAGAAUGGCAAAGCAUCAUGGAAGCUGUAUUUUUAAACACAUCUGGGGAUCUACCUUUUAGGCACCCCUGGUUUAGAUAGAUCUAAUCUGAAAAGCAGUAGGACACAACUAGCUUGAGAUUGCUAUCACAUGGGAAACUCCACUAUAUGUUGGUGCCAUGUGUUUAAUUGGCAUGUGCUGGCAACUAAUGAAUUUAAUAAACUUACAUUAAAAGGCUUUAAUAUGCAGAAUUGCAAGGAAACCCAGACUGUGACUUUCAAUACACCAAGUGGUAAAGUUGUAUGCUUCUUGCUCUACAGGAGGAUACUAUGGAGGUGGAGGAGUUCCUCAAGGAGGCAGCAGUAAUGAAAGAAAUCAAACACCCCAACUUGGUGCAACUCCUUGGUAAGUUGGCACUAAAUUAGACGUAUUGAUUCUGUGAUUCCCUAGACUGAAAAGUUGUGGUUUUUGUGGUUUUUUUGUAAUUUUUUAUAUAUAUAUGAAUUAUUUUUGCAACUUCUCUUGCUAUUAGGUGUCUGCACUCUGGAGCCCCCUUUUUACAUUGUAACAGAAUACAUGAACUUUGGAAAUUUGCUUGACUAUCUACGGGAGUGUAACCGUGAAGAUGUAACUGCGGUGGUGCUGCUUUACAUGGCCACGCAGAUAUCUUCUGCCAUGGAAUAUCUAGAAAGGAAAAACUUCAUUCACCGGUGAGCAAUACAAGCUUUGUUUUGUGCAGCUGAUAUUACUAUGUUAGGCAUACUAAACAGUGAAUUGAAGCAACAUUUAAGCCAAGAUAAUCAUGUAGGAAAAUAUAUUGGUAAUUUUUUCAACUGUUAUUCUCGUGUACAUAUUGCAAAUUCUGGUUAAUGUUGCCUAGGCCAGUCUGAAUCAUAUCUCUGGCCACAAUUGUGGCUGCAUGGCGACAUUUCUUACCAAGGCAGAGUUUUGAGCUGGCUGUUGGAAAUUGCUUUUAAAACUUUUUUAAGCUUUGUGAUCCGAGUAUUGAACAUGGGCUUCUAAUUUGUGUAAACACUGCUCAGGAGAUUUGCAGUGUUCCUUUAUUUGCUUAUCUUUAAUAUCCCUAAAUUGCUUUUAAGUUCUAAUUGACCUCAUCUGACUUUUAGUUUAUCUUCAUCUCGUUUAUUUAGUGAUCUGGCUGCUAGGAACUGCUUGGUAGGAGAAAAUCAUGUGGUAAAAGUAGCCGAUUUUGGACUGAGUCGCCUUAUGACUGGAGACACCUACACAGCUCAUGCAGGAGCCAAGUUCCCCAUCAAGUGGACUGCUCCAGAGAGCCUUGCAUACAACACCUUCUCCAUCAAGUCUGAUGUCUGGGGUAAGAACUAAGUACAGGAAGCACAAGAAAUAUGUAAACUCACCAAUAUGUUAACUAAAUUCAUCAGCAUUUGACAUUAAAAUUGAUGUAGACUCUUGUUCAAAUACAUAGGAUUGGUUUAUGUUAAAAUUGCAGUACAUCACAUUGUGAAGCUUAGCAUGUGUAACGAAUAGACAUAUGCCAACGAACAGGAAGAAUAAAUUGAGGCAGUGAGUAUAGUUUCCCACCCAUAGUGUCUUCAUAUCAAAGAGUUAUUACUAUAAAUACUAUUAGGCACAGUGGACGGCCAGUGAUAAACGAAAGCACCAGCUGACACACUCAACCUAUCUCUUUCACUCUCUGCUUCUUUUCCUGCUGACCUAUGACAGCCAAAGCAGAUGACUAUGUGGAACAGUGUCUGGGCUCAAAAUUUGGUGUUAAAAUGUUAGAAAACUAUUUAAACCCUUAAUGUAAUAUGGUGCCAUGGAGCCCCCAAAAACAAUUGAAUUGAGGCCAAGUUAUAUUGGGGAUUAAGUGUUCCAUUAAGGUACAGCCUGCUGUAGUGGUUAUGGUACCCUGGCGCUGUCCCAGUAUAAUCUGUUAACCUUUUUAGCUCUUUUUGAUACUACCUGGGAGUGGCGCUGGUUUACUAGAUGCUGAUGUAGGUGUUCAUUCACUGGGUGAGAGCAUAAACUGAGCACUCUCACCCAUUGAAUGAGAACCUGUCUUGAACUGAUAUCCAGAGCCUUGUGCCUGAGAAGAACUGAAACAGCCUAGGCUCUCAGUGAGACUCAGGUAAGUGUCAAGCCGUACUAAUGCAGUCUGGAGAUUACAUUGGGAUCGUGCAAGGACACUUCCUGCACCAUAACCAUUAUAGUAGUGUUGUGGUUGUGGAGCUUGGCAUGUUUCUUUAAGUAAAUGUUUAUGAAUUGGUGUAGUCGAACGCGGUCGCACUCUGGAAUACUUCAUGUAUCAUCUGAGUCACGAGUUGUCCAGUUCUAGUGUCACUUGCUCACUAUUUAUAGUAACAUUGUAAAUAAAUUGUCUAUUCACUCUAACCCCCACCCCAAUAUCAUGCUUUGUGUGAAUAAUUCAUUCUUUUUUUUUUAUUAAAUGCAGCUUUUGGUGUGUUGUUGUGGGAAAUUGCAACCUACGGCAUGUCCCCUUACCCUGGCAUCGACUUGUCACAAGUAUAUGACUUGUUGGAGAAAGGCUAUCGUAUGGAGCAGCCGGAGGGAUGUCCUCCAAAAGUCUAUGAACUGAUGAGAGCUUGUAAGUCACCAUACCUUUUGCCGCUUCAUAUGCAGUUGCUUUUAGAGAAGAUAACAUCACCUUACAUUUCAGCUACUUCAUACUGGUUUCUCUCAGUUUACUUUUCUUUUUCUUUUCUUUUUUUAUAAAGCCUUAGUACAUAUUUCUUCUUGUCCUCUGUGUAUAAUUGACUUUGUAUUUCCAGGCUGGCAGUGGAACCCAGCAGACAGACCAUCAUUCAAAGAGACACACCAAGCUUUUGAGACCAUGUUCCAUGAUUCAAACAUAAAUGAGGGUAAGGGUAUGGGGAAAACAUUGAGCAAGAUUGUCUACUCAAAAAUAAGAAUUUGUAAAUGUAUUAUCAAAGUGUAUCAAAGACCACAUAUUUCUGGAUUUUUACCUAUUGAAUAUCCUGGUCAUGUUAUAAAGAAGAACAAGAUUGUCAGAAGGGUAGAGUGUAAAAGCAUGGUUAAUGCAAAAUCUCAUACACAAUGGUUGCUGUAUAGUAUUAAUGUGUAGAGUAGGAGAAAAAUCUAUUUAAAAUGGGUUUUUCUUCCAGCUGUCAGUCAAUGCCUCGUUGUCCCGAGGCAUUGACUAAAAAAGGAGAGCAGAAAUUACCUCACCACAGGAGGUCUCUCUGCUCUUCUCCCAUGUCAACCAUCAUGCAUGUGCUGGUGUUCCUAGAAAAUCCCUAGCUGGUGCUUCUAGUGCUGGCUAGGGAGCAUAGGAACAGAGUAUCGUGACAUGAUUUUGUUAUGAUGCCGACGUCACUGAAAAGAUUUGCCCUGCUUGGGAAUGCACCCCAAGCAGGUCAAAUCAAAGAAGACUUCUGGAGAAGCGUGGGAUGACCAGGAGGUGUGUGUUAUACAAAGAGUAACCCUCACAAGGCAAGCAGGAACAAAGGAAAAGUGAGUAAAUCUUCAUAUCUUACAUUGAAUACACGAUGUAUCUUUUGAUAUAUAUCUUGCUCAGAAAUGCUUCAGACUUGAGAAAGGGAGGUUCUCCCGAAAGCUUGUCAUUAAAACAUUCUGUUAGUCCAAUAAAAAAAGGUAUUACAAGAUACACAUAUUCUGUUUUUUACAUAUAUAUAUAUAUAUAUAUAUAUAUAUUUGUAUUAAAUGUAUAUGAGAACCAUUUCCGGUAAGUAAAUUUUUUCAUAACAGGUUCUCUUUAAGGACUGAACAGGGUAAAUAGGCAUUGUCAUUUUAAGUAAUUAUACACUCCAGCUCCAUAGCGGAUUCAUCUCAAUGAAGUUAAGUGGCCUGGAGUUCCUGGAUAUCGUCUUGCCUUUUCAGUAACUGUUUCACACUAAAGUUCGGUCACACUGCUUUCUUUCUCCUUGGCCACACGACUAAUAGGAUAGUUUAGUCAUGAGAGCAAGCGAUAGGCUGAGAGAGGUAUCUGAUGAUCUCCACUUAUCAAUGGCUGCAAACUGUUUCAAGUAGCUAAGUACUAUCAGAACAGUGGGCUGCCAGUGGAGUCCCGAGAGCCACAGCUGACACACUCCUAUCACUGGCUGGGGUGUAUUUACCCCAAGGCAAACAAGGCAUUUGCCUUGGGCGGCACUUUCUGGGGGGCUUCAAAAAAAAGCCCUCCAAUCGUCCUGGCAGCCACUCAGGGCCCCCAGGCUGGCAGCGGCGGCACUCUCCGGGAGGUGAGGGAGCACUAAUCCUCCUGUUCAGCUCCCUUGCGCGCUGCGUAGUGAUGCCAGAGACGGAAUAUGACGUCAUUCUGGCUCCGGCAUCACUACGCAGCACGCGAGGGACCUGAACAGGAGGAUCAGUGCUCCCUCGCUGACUGCAGCCACCAGCCCGCCGCCCAGCAGCCCCAUGGGACCCCAGGGAAAGUGUUAAUCCACCCAAGCAUUUCCAAAAGUAGAGAGGCUGGGGGGGAUUGAAUUUUAAAAAGAAAGGUAGGUAGUGUUACUAUGUGUGUCUGUUAGUUUGCGUGUCUGCGUGUAUGUCAGUGAAAGUGUGUGUCUGAGAUGGAGUGUAUAUGAGUCUGUCAGUGAGUGUGUAUGUGUAUUUAGAAGACUGGGCGUCUGAGUUUUGUCAUGCCUAGGGCAGCACAAAACCAGGAUACACCACUGAUCACUGGCCUCCACAGCCAAUGUUUCUGUAGUAGCCAGUUGGCCGGGGAGAGAUUUGGAGAUAUGAAGGGUGUGAAACUUUUCAAAAAUAAUUUAACGCUGUAAGUUUAGACUGCACUCAGAGAACUGAGCAUUGUGAUAAUAUUGUCAUGGAGCUGGAGCAGCACUUUAUAUAUAUAUAUAUAUAUAUAUAUGUAUGUUCGUUCUUUUGAAUAUUCUGCUCCUCUAGAUUCUCAGUUAUAACUGACUUAUUGCUUAUGUCUAAAAUUGAUCUAUAGACAAACUGGAUUAUUCACUAAACUAAAUUGUUGUGAAUUAACCGUGGAAUUGCUCAUUUAAGUCAAAACAACUGGGUUAGAAAAUGUCAGAAAAUCUAAUUUGUGGCUAAAAUUUUAACAAAUUAUUGUUUAGUUACUAACUUUUAAUACACUCAUGCAGUAAUUGAUUUAGGAAGCAUGACUUAUAAGUUACUUUUCAUAAAAGGCCUUCUUUGUGUUUUUCCAAAAUUAAAGAAAAGAUCAUUGUAGAUUUAAAUAUAUAUGUAAUAGAAUAGGGCCUUUUUUUUUUGUCCUGGUUUCAAUAAUGCUCUUAUCUCUAAGACAGAUUGUUUAUUUACUGAUCCUGUCACUCUGUUCACAGAGGUAGCAGAGGAACUGGGACGCACAGCUGCUUCCUCCUCAAAUGUGCAGUAUCAGACCCGCCUUCCCAUGCUGCCUUCUAAAUCCCGCACUUUGAAGAAGAAAGCAGAGAACAAGGAGAACAUUGAAGGCACAGGGGAUUCCUCUGAUAACUCCACCUCAAGUUCUACACAAGGUAACAGUUGGUUUGAUGAUUUUGGUAUUUGCAAGACCUAAAGGAGCACACCACACGCAUAAAGCACUUCAGUUUGAUGCAGUCUGUCAUAUUUGACAGUUUGUAAAAAUCUGCACUUUUAUAACUAAGAGCAGCUAUCAUUCAGAGGUUUUCUGCUUCCGUGAGCUCUAGAGAGUUAACAUGAAUGGCAAGGCGCAGGGCCACAGUGCGCCUUUUUUCCUACCUCCUCAAUGAGCUGUAUUUCAGCUCAUUAAGGAGAAUAGCAUAGCUGAAAUUGGAUGAGCGGUUCAAGUACAGAGGUAUCUCAAUGAGAAACCUCUGAUUGGUGUAUUCCCUGGCACAGACUGAAAAUCUGUACUGGGGAAAGUUGGGAGUGCUACAAAGGGUGUACACAACAGCGUGUUAGUUUUUGUUUGCUAUUUUUUUUUUUUUAUAUAGCCUCAAAGAAAACCUGCUGAAAAUAAUGCAUGCAUGUGCCUUUUUUGCAAUAGUAUAUAGGGAAAACACUAAACUAGUGGUUCCCAAACAAGUCCUCAAAGCAACCCCUACCAGUCCAGGAUUUAGGGAUUACCCAGUUUAGAAAAAGAAAAAACAAAACACCUUACAAACUACUGGGUAAUCCUUAAAUCCUGGACUGGUAGGGGGGUGCCUUGAGGACUUGUUUGAGAACCACUGCACUAAGCAAAGGCUUUAGUUAAUAUUAUGGCUUUAAAAACUGCUUCUUUUUUCAUUUUAACAAAAUAUAUAUAUAUAAAUAUAAAAAAAAUAAUAAUAAACAACCUUAUAAAGGCAACCAGUUGGUGCCGAAACGUUGGGGGAGUUGGUGACGUGUGUUUCUGCCUUGAGGCUUGAAAGAUUUUGGUAUUGUACUUUUGAAUUACUGUUUGCCUCUAUUUCUCUUAUUUUGUUUAUUAUAAUUUUUUGUUGUUAAAUAUUGUGAUUUAUUUACUUGAAUUUUUGAAUUUGACCAUUGUGGUUGUUAUAGUGUGCAUUCUGAAUUAUAUAUGGAUCUUGAUAUUUAAGCACUUAAGGGAGUGUUUAUAUGCACCUGGCUUUUGUGAAUAUUUUGUCUCUCCAUUGGAUUUUGGUUUAAACACUUUAUAUUUUACCAUUUUAGGAGCAUCUCGUGGAUCUCCUGUUGCCAGCGGUUCCCCUGCUCUACCCCGUAAACAAAGGGAUAAAUCACCCAGCAGCUUAUUGGGUGACACCAAGGAGACAACAUUUACGCGUGACCGUAAAGGUGGUUUCUUCAGUUCAUUCAUGAAGAAAAAGAGUGCUCCUCAACCUCCUAAGCGCAGUAGCUCCUUCCGCGAGAUGGAAAACCAGCCCCACAAAAGGCCUGAACUGACAGAAGAGCUUUCUUCUUUUCAGCAGCUUGACAGUUUAGUUUCCCCUGCUUCUCCUGGCUCCAACAAGUGUUACAGAGGCCUAUCUCAGCGUAGCUUUUCAGGAGAAGAAUCCGUAGGAGCUGUCAGUGGGGGUUGGACUGGCAUAUCUGGUUUCUUCACACCACGUCUCAUCAAGAAAACAUUUGGACUGCGAACAGGAAAAUCUGGGGUCAGCGAAGAGCAACCCAAACCUUUUCCUAGGUCUAAUUCUACAUCUUCUAUGACUCCUGUUGUACCAGAGCAGGAUAGAAUGUCUAUGACACUGCCCAGAAACUGCCACCGGACUAAGGUCCAAGUGGACCGUGCUACGUCUGUUUCAUCACAGCCAGAUGAAAACCAGCAGGAUCUCUCUAGGACUGCAAUAGAGGCCGUGCUGCCUCAGUCAUCUAGGGACAGAGUAAAGCCUAAGAUGCUUCCACGUACUGGAGGUAGUGAGAGAAAUGGUGGACUUCGAACCACUGUUGAUGAGAGGUCCUCGCCAAACAAACAUAUACCAGGUGCUACAUCAUCCUUCCCUUCUGCAGCACACAACCAUAAAGUGCCCGUCCUCAUUUCCCCCUCGCCAAGGAAUGCAUCUGCAGAGGUGCAGCUGGUUGGCAUGGACUCCCUGGGUCACACCUUCAAACUGCUUCAGGAACAUGCACCAGCAGGUUCAGAGAGGGACAAACCUUCUCACAGACGACUCAAGCCAAAGUGUGCCCCACCCCCUCCACCAAAUCUGCGGCUUCUUCCUCCCCCAUCUGCUGAGGAUACAAGCGCAUCUGCACCAACAUCACAUGGCCCUGAAAGGACAGCCAAACCAUCUCGGCCUUUUCUACCCCCUCCACCCCCUGUUGUUCAAACGGGAAAACUAUCAAAUGGAGCAGCUGGAGGUGGUAGGGGGGCCCUGAGAAAGUCUAAGCAACCAGCUGAAAGGGUUCCUGCAGAGAAAAUCAGCAAAGAGGCCCUUCUGCAAUGUGCUGGAUUGUUAUCCAAUGCCCUCUCAGUACCCCAACCUAACAGUCAGCUUGUGGACACUGGCCAUCAGCUUCUAGAUUAUUGCACAGGAUAUGUGGACUCUAUCCCUCAGACACGAAACAAAUUUGCCUUCCGGGAGGCGGUCAGUAGGCUGGAGGUCAGCUUGCAAGAGCUGCAAGUGUCUUCAGCUGGGAGUGGGACGGGAAGUGCCGCUGCUGGUUCCCAGGGUGCUAACCCUGUGCUCAAUCACUUAUUGUCCUGUGUGCAGGAGAUCAGCGACGUAGUGCAGAGGUAGCUAACGAGUGUCCUGCUGAAAUACUUGGGAGGCAUGUAUCUUUAUUUAUCCCCCACAGACACACCCACACUACGAAAUGCACUGACAUGAGUAUGGCUGGGGAUAGUAACCUCUGUAUAAGGAAUGCCAAUAAAAGGGGUUUUAGCCUCUGGUUGCUGAUAGAGUAAUUAUUUGCUGUGAAAUGUAGCCAAAUAAUGCUAUCCAGCGGCAAUCUAGUUCUAAUGCUGACACCUGAUUAAUGUUUGGUUAUGUG